AUGGCACGCCAAGUGGUUGCUCUAGCCCUCAUCUUCAUCGCCGCGGUGGUUUGUGCCCAAUCACCAACUACCUCUCCUUCAUCAUCACCGGCGGCUGCUCCAUCUGAGUCAAGUGCUGCCACCCCACAAGCAUCCCCCGCGUCGUCUCCCACACAGGCUGCCGGCCCUCAGUCAGCUGCUUCUCCAGCCCUUGCCACCAGCCCUGAAGCGGCUGCAUCAUCGCCUGGCGCCGCCCCUGAAGCAGCAUCGGAGGCACCUGCUGGCCCCCAGGAGGAGCCCUCAUCUGCACCCGCUAGCACUGAUGCCAGCGCCCCCGCCACUACACCUGCUCCCUCCGCCACCUCACCCAGCCCAAGCGAGACCGCCGCUGACGCACCGAACGGUGCCGCAUCCUUGAAGUUCUCCGCUAUCAUCGGCGUCGGAGCUGUCGCCGGAGUCCUUUUCUUUUAA